AUGGGAGCUGUUUGGACAGCUUUUCAGGAGAGGUUUUUCCCUAGAGAGAUAACAGAGGCUAAGGUUGAAGAGUUCAUCAACCUUAAGCAAGGAUCGAUGACUGUCAGGGAGUAUUCCCUGAAAUUUGUGAAGUUGUCCAGGUAUGAAACUUCCCUUGUGCCGAACAACAGGGACGAGAUGAGUAGGUUCCUUACAAGGAUCUCAGAGGAUUUGGAGGAGGAUUUUAGGGAAGAGAUGCUUCAUGAUAGCAUGGACUUGUUCAGGCUGAUGAUAGAUUCCAAUAGAGGUGGUGGCAGGAACACUUUUGGAGUUCGUGAUCAUCCCAGAUUUAAGAAGGGGCAUCAGAGUUCAGGGAACUUUAACUCUCAAAGGGGUGCAACACCCAGAGGACGCAGAACCGAGCCAAAGAAGGGCAAUGUAGGUGAUGUGCAGCAUCCCAGACAGAAUGUGGCAAGUGUGGCAGUAUUCACAGUGGAGAGAGCAGACUAG